AUGCAAGAGACAGACUCAGAUGGCUCUGAGUUCGGUUCUGAGAAGCUGCAUCCCUUCCUUGCUUCAACAGCUCAUGGAAAUUACCAGCCUAAGCCGUACGAUGACGCUUUGAUACGAGGGAAGCGACAAGGCUUGACAAGUAGCCAGAUCAAACAACGCCUGAAUUUGGAGCCAGCCACCUCAACACUGAAAAAUCCAUGGCGUCUCCUGCUCCAAUGGGGCAUCGUGGACGCAGUGCCUACUCUCAUAGGCAAGAAUUUCUACCCUCCCCCUGCAAAGGCGCCGGUUUCGACUCACUCUUCUCGCGAUGCUUCCAAGCAGACGGCAAAAGAUGUUUCUGAUGUUCCCGAUUAA